UUAAAGCAGAAAACAGCCGCUCUAAGUCGGGAUGGGACAUGCCGAAUCUCGGGGUAUCUUGAUGCUGUCGAAGUCGCCCACAUCGUCCCGCGUGCAUCCGGCUACUGGUUUGAGUACAACUCGAUGGCAAGAUACGCUCGUCUCAGUGACGUUCCGCAACAGGUCGACGACGACCGGAACCUGAUCACGCUUCGUAGGGAUCUUCACUAUCUCUCUGAUCAACGCCGCUUCGCCUUUGUUGUCAAACAGCCGCGUGAGAAUGACUCGUUACAGGUUGUAACCCAUGUCCUCUGCGCGCAAGGCUCGACCGAGCUUAUCAGUUUGUAUCACAACCGCUUGCCUCAGCCACUCUCGGGGAUAUCAACAGAACUCUUGUUUGCACGGUUCGCAUGGUCCCUCUUCGAUAACAAAACCUUUCCCUUCCUCCAGGGCCUUCAGAGCUACAAGGUCCUCGUCUAUGAUCUCUCAACAUCUCAGUACUCUACCAAAGACCUCAAAGCGGGCAAGAUCCGGGACGUAGCUGUAUUGUUUCAAUCCUACCCCCAGAGCCGGAACCCAAGCCCCCGCAAGCGGACCAAUGAUGAAAUAUCCAAAGGCGACGCUGAUGCAGAG